AUAAAAGAUUAGCUUCAAACAUCUUCACUUAGCCAAAGCCCAAACCACCUCCCAAAGUGCUGCAUUUCAUUUGGUAAAUCUCCAAUGAGAGUUUUUCAGAAAGGCACCCACAGAAAUUCAUACGCCUGUUUUCAUCACAUUUCCCGUGCACGUGUUCGAAAGAAAAAGCACCAGCACCAGCUAAUUGGGGCCAGCUCAGCUAUGCUCUCGUGCAUAUCGAAACAAUACAUUUAUAGCGGUCAGUCUGUUUCUGUGAGAGGCAGGGAGGAUAAACCCCUUCUUUUAAUAGGAUCUAAGCACUUGUCCAGAAUUCCCCAAAAAAGCCCAAACUGAGAGCUCAGCAUCUAUGCUGAAGGACAUGGCUCUUGGAAUCCUGGCAAUCAGGUCUGAAAGCCAGUGGCUGGGGGCAGCUGGGGAAACAAGACCCCCCAUACAGCUUUGUAGGUCCCAGGACACUGUUUCUGAAGGCAGGUUUUUCCCUUGGGAAACACCUAUCUGGGGGCUGCCCACCAGCUCCCGCCUUGGCAGCGGCACAGGGGCUAUGGUUAGGUUUGGGUGGGACUUGCGGUUUCUUUUUCAGGCAAGGCUGGCAGCUUGGUUCGUUAGGAGGCAGGCUGUAAUUGCAAAGUGAGGCAGGAAGAUACGCAGUGGCACCAGCUGGGUGAAGCAGAGCAUCCCAAAACGCUCGGUGCAGGAAAGCAUCCCUUAGCAGGUGCCGCAGCAGAAAUAAUCGUGAUGCAAAGCAAGGAAGGAUGCUAUAGAAAGGAGGCUUUAGCUGAAACCAGCCUGGGUGCUCUUCUCAUUCAUCUGGUGCUGGGGCUCUGGGAGAGCUGCCAGAGGGAGAGCCGAGGAGUUGGUGGUCACAGGGGACAAGUGGAUCAACUGCUCCAGGACACCUUUGGAGCUCAGGCUGUACCUUUUAAGUUUUUAUUACAUGGAAGCAUUGGCUUUUCUUUUCCCAUGCCUCAGUUUCCCCUCCUGUGCACACGGGGAUUUUGCAUUCCCUCAAGAGGCUACACGGCUUGAAUCCCAAAGGCUGACAAAGACGCUGAUGUAAAAAGCUGAGCAAGGGUGAAACACGGUAUUACAGCUUGAUGUUGCCCCUGCCAGCUCUUCAUCUGUACAACCCAUAAUUUAGCAAACCUCAUAUUGAACCAGAACUGCAAACUCACAGUACAAAGCCCCCUGCCCUACUCAAAACCCCCAGGAGCUUUGCCUGGCCCCAGGAGAGCAGGAGGGCUUCCCUGGGAGCCCUGCCACUCAGCAGCACCUCUCCCUCCCUGAGGGAAGAGGAAAACCUUACGUCAGGCUGCAGAAAUGCUCCUCAGCCCUACCCAAACCCUUGGAGCAAUUCCCAGGCACCAUCCAAGGACAUUUGUGGAGCCCACUAGCUGCUUACAGAACGUAUCCCAGGGGGCCUUCAUGGAGAGAGCAGCACAGGCAGCCUGCCCAGGAGCCAACAUGGAGCAGAAGAUCAGCUCUUUCUUUAAUUCCAUCUUGGAGCUCAUCCGUACCAAGCACGAGGAAGGUGUCUUCAACACUGUCUGCCUAGCUGUGCUGAUGGGUCUGCCCUUCGUCGUCCUCAUUGCUUUCAUUUUCAUCUGCUGCCACUGCUGCUUCUGCAGCCGAAAGGGAGAAAGCAGGAAGAAAGGUGGCCCCAGCAGCAAUGGGCAGCUGCACGCCGAGAGGAACAAGAAGAAAAAGAAGAAGAAGAAGAAGGAUGAAGAGGACCUGUGGAUCUCGGCUCAGCCCAAGCUGCUCUUGCUGGACAAGAGACCCUCCUUGCCCAUCUAGCAGACAGGAGGGCAUUCAGGCCCUCCUCUCUGAGAUGCCACCAGUCCUUUCAGCUGUGCACUAGGAGGGACGAGGAGAUGCCAAAGCUGCUGCCACUUUAUGGUGACUUUCAAAAGAGGCUGAGCCCAGCGGCUAACCAGCGUGUUGAAGGGCCAGCAGAGAGCAAGGCAGUCAGGCGCAGGUUUAUGUAAGCCACUUCUGCCCAACCAUGACAGCAUGCCCAAGGGCAGAAACCCCGGCAAAGGACAGGUGUGCAUGUGGACACGUGCCCUGCUGAGCAUGCAAGGGUAUCCUGCCACCGGGCCAUACGUACCUCCUGCCAUGAGCACAAUGCAUGCACCGGGCUGGCACGCAGUGAAGCGGGUGCGAGGCUCUCCCUCUGCACUCAUAUGCAAGCACACGCACUGUGGCGCAGGCAAGGGUGUGGGGGACCAUGUGCACUCAAAGACCGAGCCACCUGCUUGCUCCCCCUGCACAAACACGGAGGGCCGCAUAAUGAAGUGAGCCCAGGCAUGCCUCAUUCGCUUGCCCGGCCGCGAAGAUGGCACAACUUGACUGUCUAGGCUCUGUCCAAACUCAGCUCACGCUGGAGAUGCAAAGAAAGCUGAGAGCAGCUACCCCACAGCUCAAAGAUGUGCCAUCUUCCCGGCCAUCAAAGGCAACUGAGAGCACCUGAAGCCAGAUGCCCUCAGCCCAACCUUAGAGACCUCAAGACACCACCUUAAGGCAGCAAAGCGGAAGGAUGCAUUGCCACCCAGGUGAGAGGCAGGGAGGAGAGAGAAGGCUGCAAGACCGGCCCUUUUGCACCAGCACUUAAGAAGACAAACCUUUCUUGAAAGACUGUUUUAUACAGACUUGCCUUUAAAGAGCCCACCACGCUACUGCAAGAGUGGAAACGCAAGCUGAGGCUGUGUAAAGGCUUAGCUAUGGGCAUUAGAGUUAUUUAUUGAAUGACUACUAAAGAAGAACAGGACCAAAGGCCCCUCUGUUGUGGGGCUAGGCACACUGAAGCGGUAUUGAAGCAGCAGACACGCUCUCCCAGCACACUCAGCCACCCCCUCUCCCUGCAGCCCUUGUGCCACGCAUUAAACACACGCAGACCCACGAGCAUGCGCUGCUGCAGGCUGAUGCCAUGCGGGCAGCUCUGUAUGCUGUGCAGAGGGCUUUGGGAAUGGCUGUCAAGCCUGCCUGCUCUGGGAUUUGGCAUGUGCUGUAGGAGCAGAGGCGGGUAAAGUUCAUGCCCACAGUCAUCCCUUACUCAGGGAUGCAGCGUACAGCUGGACUCUGCACCCCUCUCCAUCCUCAUCUCCCUUGGAUGCAUGACGGCUCAGCCAGGCAAAGCAGCUAGAGACCACACACAGCUCUCACCCCUACUCUGGUUUUAACCUUCUGCUUCCCCUAGGGCUGCGUGCCCAGCCUACCUCCCAAGGAGCUCAGGGUCUCUGCCUCCCCACUCUCCACCCCGCCAGGCUUUGUCUCCCCCAGCUUGUUUUGCCAACGAGGAGUGUGCGCGUGUGAUGACAAGCCCCAUCACAUCUGGGUUUUGCCCAGCAUCUGUACACUGGAUGUUUUCCUCCCGUUUUCUUCCAGUUCCUCAGAGCUGCUGGAGCAGACCAGAGCUACCAGCCAGAGCCAGACAUCUGGGGGGACGAGCAGCCAAAUCCAUGUGAGCAAGCCUGGAUGGAGCUGCUGGACACAACCGCUUCCACCCCAGGCAAGGACAAUGCCACCUUCCCCUGGCUCCCAGGGCACGUGCCACUGCGGGGCAAAGCCACCAGUUAGAAACAGCUGCCUGUGCCACCCAAUCUCAGCACAGCCUGUUUUGACCCAUGCGGAGAGGGUGGUAAUAUUAACAUCACGUCACUUCACGGGGUUUGGCUGUGUGUGGCUGUGCUGGUAACAGCCGGGAGGCCAGGCUCCUCCUUGAACAGCCCCUUAAAUUGACCCCAUAUGUGCCUUAAUUUUCCAGCUUGCUUUGUUACCAUUGAAAUAAGUAACUCCCUCCUCCUCCAAAACAUGAAGCAAUAUACAAUGCUAUAAAAAAAUCAGGAUUUGCCACAGCUAAUCCUAGAGAGAAACAUGCAAGAAUAGCGCUGGUCUCUGUCCCAAACCCCUAGCCCAGCCAAGACCCUGGAGAGCCAGCACUAUAUUUGUAAUAUUCCUUCUUCCUUCCCCGCAUCCAGGUACUUUUCCCAGCCCUCCUACCUCCACGCUUACCAGGUGGGCAAAGCAGCCUCCCUGCCCAGGCAGGUGUUCCUGCUGCAAUCCAGAGGCACCGGCAGCCCUGGAGGAAGGGCGGCGCUGCCUGGAGAAAUAAAAAAAAUAAAAUAUCAGAGCGAAGGGAAACACGAUGGGAGGUCAGAGGCAUACCCAAACAAGCAGAGGCACGGAGGCAGGCAGCACCAGCAGAGUACAACCUGCCUGGUGUGGAGCUGCUGGGCUUUGCGCAGCUCCCAGCAGGAAGGUCCUUCUCUGGAAGGGGAAGCAAGUAAUGUUAGGUGAGAGCAACCAAUUCCUACCAGAACUAGAGAACUGUCAAGAAAACGUGUGUUGUGUUGCAUGCAACACGUCUGAUCCAGGCUUUGGGGAGUUCAGAGUCAAGUCUGAAUUUCAGGAGCUCCCCAAAAUCAUUCAGACCAUCCCAGGGCUGGGCAGGGCGGGACUAGGAUACAACCCUACCCUGAUCCAUCCGACCAGUGGAUGGUCUGAGCCUCUGCACCCUGUAAAGCACGCGGGCCACCUUGCUCGAGGGGUGCUGGUUUAGCCAUACCACGCACUGAAUAAGCUGCUUCUUGAGACAAAAGCAAAAGAGCAGCAACAGCCUGAGGUGCACCAGAACCCGCCACCCAUCAGCAGCAGCAACCCCACCCAACCCAUGCUAACAAGGCAGCAGGAGACGCAUGGUACACAAACCCUGCUGCAUGGGUCCCCACUCUCCAGCCACCGCACUGCCUCCCCACAACUGCAUUUCAAUAUCAACCUUUUAUUUUCCCUAAACAGUUCACGUAACAGGGGGAAAGAUAAACCAAAACAAAUUUUUUGGUUUUAUUUUUUUUUU